AUGUUGUAUGCCAAGCACAAUCCUUCGUCACACCCAACAAACAUGAACACUCUUCAUUUCCUUAUUUCACUCUUCCUCUUCUCAUGCUUCCUUUCUCUUGUCUUGUCUUUUUCACCUCCUCAAACUCAUCUCCCUAAGCAAUGCCUUGAUGACCAGAGAGCUCCUCUCCUGCAAUUGCAGCAUCAUCUUUACUAUGCCCCUAAUUCUACUUUCUCUUCCAAUUUUGACCUCUGGGAUGUCAACACUGAUUGUUGUUCUUGGGAAGGAAUCACUUGUGAUGCUUAUGGUCAUGUCGUUGGCAUUGAUCUUAGUUACAAAAACCUUUCAGGCAGCUUUCACUCCAUAUUCGAUCUCCAUCAUCUUCAACACCUGAAUCUUGCUGGAAACAACUUUAAUACCACUCUGUUUUCGUAUGGGUUUGAUGAACUCCAAAAUCUAACUCAUCUCAACCUUUCAAGCUCAUGUUUCCAUGGCCAAAUUCCAGUGGAGAUCUCAUUCUUAAAAAGGUUAGUCUCUCUUGAUCUAUCCAAUCAAGGUUCUUGUUAUUUGAGAAAUGGUUACGAUUAUGAUUCAGCUACUUUAAAAUUGGAGAAACCAAACUUCAAGACAUUUAUCAAGAAUUUGAAGUUUCUCACGGAGCUUUAUUUGGAUGGUGUCGACAUUUCAACUCAAAGUACUAAAUGGUGUGAAACCACAUCUCUUGUACUUCCAAACAUGCAUGUGUUGAGUCUGUCAAGCUGUAGUUUGAAAGGUCCAUUAUGUUCUUCACUCUCAAGACUCUCCUUUCUUUCCAAACUUAUCCUUGAUGAAAACCCAACCUCUUAUUUACCUCCCAAUUUCUUGGUAAAUUCCUCUUGUUUGGUUUCUCUCAGUUUGAGGUAUUGCAAUUUGAAUGGGCAUUUUCCAACCGGAAUUCUCUUAUUGCCAAAAAUUCAAAGCAUUGACAUUUCAUUGAACCGCCAACUUAUGGGUCAGUUGCCAGAAUUUCCAGCAAACAAUGCAUUACUGAGUCUGUCACUUUAUGACACAAAUUUCAGUGGAAAACUACCUGAAUCGAUUGGUAAUCUUAAGUUCCUGACAAAUUUAGAUCUUUCUGGUUGCAAUUUUUUUGGACCCAUUCCAUCGUCAAUUGCAAAUCUUAGUCACCUGGUGAACCUAGAUCUAGGAGGGAACAAGCUUUCUGGAUCAAUACAUUCUUCUUUAUUUACUCUUCCAUCGUUGAAGAUCCUGUUUCUUGGAGACAAUCAAUUGGUUGGGAAAAUUGAUGAGUUCCCCAAUGCAUCUUCUUCUUUGAUUGAAGUACUGUAUAUAGGCAAUAAUUAUUUAAGAGGAGCAAUCCCAAAGUCAAUUCUUCAACUUCCAAGGCUUGAAUGGCUUUAUAUCGAAAGCAAUAGCUUUAGUUCCAUGAAGCUUGACAUGUCUGUCCAAGUCAACAACUUAAGGACUCUCUGGCUAAACUAUAUCAGCUUGUUAAUUGAAAGCGACAACAGAAGUCUUACUUUUCCCCAAUUAGAAAGCCUAAGCUUAAGGUCAUGCAACCUUACUGAAUUUCCAGAAUUCAUUAAAAGGCAAGACAAGUUGGUUUACUUAGAUCUUUCUAACAACCAUAUCCAUGGUUUUGUGCCCAAUUGGUUGUGGAAGAGCAGUCUUUCAUCCUUACACCUUAGACCUUUAUUUCAAUAUGAUUGAUUUUCCAAAACAAAUUCCUUUAAGUGAUGCAAACUUCUCUUUCCCAAUGUUGAGGCAAUUGAUUCUGGGAUAUUGUAACGUAAGUGCAUUUCCGGAGUUCUUAAAGAGUCAAGAAAAUUUAGAAUAUCUCAUACUUCCAAAUAACAAAAUAAGUGGUGCAAUACCAAACUGGGUGUGGAAGAAAAGUUUGCAUCAAUUGUCUCUUGCUAAUAACCAUCUCUUAUCUUUGGGCGAACUUUUACCCAAUCAGAGUUCAACUUUUUCACGAGGCUUUUUCUAUUUCGACGUAUCUUAUAACAAUUUGAGUGGCCCAAUUCCAAAUUGGUUAUGCAAUAUGAGUCAACUUCUCAGUUUCGAUGUAUUUUAUAACAAUUUGAGUGGCCCAAUUCCAAAUUGCUUGGGCGAUAUGAGUGCUCUGAGUUGGUUAGGUUUGCAAGGAAAUAACUUCAGUGGAAUGUUACCAAAAUUUUCAAAAGCAACCCAACUGCAAUUUCUGAAAGUUAGUGAGAAUAGAUUGGAAGGUAAGUUGCCCAGAUCAUUAGCUGAAUGCACUCAGCUUGAAGUUUUGGACGUGGCAAAAAACAUGAUGAAUGAUACAUUCCCUUUUUGGUUGGGGAAAUUGCCUGCGCUAAAGGUUCUCAUUUUGCGGGAAAACAGAUUUUACGGUCAAAUUAAACAUUUCAAACAUAAAUCUGUUUUCCCAACUUUGGAUGUAUUGGACAUUGCUUCAAACCAGUUUUCUGGUGAACUAUCCAUUGAUUUCCUUCAACCCACUCGACUAAGGUCACUCAAAAUAGGUGGGAAUAAAUUGGAAGGGAAGCUGUCGAGAUCAUUAGCCAAUUGCACAGCACUUGAGGUUCUGGACCUUGGAAAUAAUAUGGUUCAUGAUACAUUCCCAUUUUGGUUAGAGAAGCUACCUUCCUUGAAGGUUCUCGUUUUGCGAGCAAACAGAUUCUACGGCACAAUUUCAAAAAUUGACACGAAACGUGGGUUUCCAAAGCUACGCAUAUUGGACAUUGCUUCCAACAAUUUUUCAGGUGACUUGUCUAUUGAAUUUUUGCAGAGUUUGAAGGCAAUGGCGGAGAUGACUAAUGACGAAAAGGCUACGCUGGAUUAUAUCGGAGAGAAUUAUUAUCAAGACUCUGUGACAAUUGUUAACAGAGGGAUUGAAAUGUUCUACCAAAAAGUCUUGACAAUUCUUACUUGUCUUGACCUUUCCAACAAUAGUUUCCAUGGGAGAAUACCAGAAGAGAUACAAAUGCUGAGGUCACUCAGACUGAUGAACUUAUCCAACAAUGGCUUUUCUGGUGAAAUCCCAUUAGCACUUGAAAAUCUAAAAGAUCUUGAAUCUUUGGAUCUCUCACAGAAUGAGCUGUCAGGGAAGAUUCCUGCACAACUUACAAGUUUAAUUUUCUUAGCAGCAUUGAACUUGUCUUACAACCAACUCGAAGGGAGCAUACCACAAAGCAACCAAUUCAAUACAUUUACAAAUGAUUCCUACCGUGGGAACCCAAAAUUGUGUGGGCUGCCAUUGUCAAGGAAAUGCAAUGAAGUUGGUCUUCCAAUGCCACCACCUCCAGGGGAAAAUGAAGAUUCAUGGUUAUAUGCUCUGUGUACUUGGAAAAUUGCGUUGAUAGGUUAUGCUAGUGGAUUAGUGGUUGGGCUAUGUAUUGGAUAUACAGUGCUGAAUGAGUUGGGAAACAAAUGGGUUAACAAGUUCAAAAAGUGUGGGAUAAGAAAUAGAAGAAGAUGUAGGUGACUCCAUCAGAAUUCUUGCUUCAAAAUUAGCUGGAGGUACUUGAAGCAGGACAUGGAAUGUACAGUUGUGAGGUUCAUGAAGAAUGUAGGCAAUGAUCCUAACAAGAUCAAUCCACUGGUUUGUAAUUUUGCUUUAUAUGCACUUUUUUCCUUUUGUAGUUUUCCACGAGUAUAAGUAAGUGUUUAUUCAUUUUGCAUCCAGGUCCCUGUGGAUUUGGGGGAUGCAAUGUUUCACUGCUACUGAAUUUCCAUGCUAAUAAUGAUAUUAUAAACAAGGAUAUGGCUGCCCAAGCUUUCUUUUAUAUGCAAUUUACUUUUACUUCAAUUAUUUUAUCUUCGGAAUAUUUGUACAGCUGAGGAGAUUUAAUGGCAUGAUGUUGAUGGAAGCCAUAUCUGGUGGACAUUGGAUGGAUUGUGUAAAGAGACGCAGAUGCUGCUACUCCCAUCCUUUGCUCUUCCAAACAGAUAUUAGCUUUAUAUUUUAUCAAUCACGUGUUGGGCUUUAGGACCGGGUGUAAAGGGUGGACCUGUUGGUCUGGGUUUUAGUUCAGCCGGACACUUAUUUUCAUACUAGUUUGUUUAUCCUUUCAAUGAUAGUUAUAUUAAUUUCAAAAAACUUUUGAAAUUGAAAUUAAUUUUUUCAAAGAAUCGAAAAAUUGUUAAUAAUAUAAGAUAUCUUGUCAGUCU